AUGGCACAAAAAGAAACAACAAUAAUCACACCUAAACCUUCUACAAAAUUUGUUUUACAAGCACCUGAACCUUCUACAACAUUAGUUUUACAAGCACCUGUACGUGUUCGUCUUAUCAAUAAAUCAAGUGGUGUUUUGGUAAUUGGAUCAAUCAAAUCGUUGACAAUUGCUAAACAAACUUCGAUAAAGCCAUCACUGAAUCCUGUCAUAUAA